AAAACCAUAACAACUCCUUUCGUCAUCGGAUACACACCCUUAGUGAAAUCAUAUAAUACAUAAAUAACAAAUACAUAAAAAAUACUUAAGUUAAAGAAAAGUUCAUAUGACGUGAAGUGUGUUUUUCAGUUAUGCUGUAACCUUCUCUAAGUGAACCAUGGCUUACUACUGGAUCUUCAUCACAUUCUCCUGUUUUGGCAGCGUCAGCCUCCAGUACAUCAACUCUGCUGGACCGGGAGCAGAAUCCUUCCUCGACCCGCUCGACUCCUCGAUCCACUAUCCACCACUACCUUAUCACAACUACUUCAACGUGCCAAACCCCAAAAACAACAUCGAAACAUUCCAAAACGACGGAAACUACGAUCACAACGAGUACUUUCAAGACCAAGAAGCAAUCGACCUGCAGAGGAGAAGAAGAACGGUGAUAGACGAUUUCAAAGAAGACGAGGAAGAAGAGAAGAGGAGAAAAGAGAAGAGCUGGCUACCAACCUUGAUCGAUAGCGACAAAACUGUUUAUCUACAAAACGAUGGGAAAGCAAAUCCAUUUGUACUGCAAGCGUUUGCUAGUGCAUUGGAUGGGAAUGCCACUGACAGAAGCCUCGUCCAAACAAUAGAGCGUAAACGUAGCUUCAGCCCAUGGGGAGGCAAGAGGGACAAGCCUUUACUAGAGCAUACGUGGACUUGGAAACGAUCGGCUGGCAUUCGAGAACCGAGCAUGCCCAAGAGGGUCAGAUUCAGUCCGUGGGGCGGCAAAAGAAGCGGCCAAAUGAUAUACAAGCCAGGAAACAAAGCCACGAAAGUAAUCUUCUCAGCAGCAGUUCCAGAAUUGACUCGCAUAAUCUCCAGCUACUUACCAAACGGUAACAGAGUGGAGCUGACUGGUUACCAAUUCGUACCAACGUUGGACAAACGGCAUCCGAUCAAGAUACUGGCUUUAAGCACAAACUUGGAUGACAGAACCCUUCGAGACGCUCUCCCGUUUAACACUUUCAUGGAACCACAACCGAGGAUCUACAAGCCUGGUCAUCCGUACUUGGAUAUCAAUUUGAAAAAGGACGGCAAAAGGAAGGUUAAGUUUAGCGCGUGGGGUGGCAAGAGAUCCCCUCCGAUCAUAGGACCGAUAUGGACCCCAGCAUCACAGGAUCUCAAGGAAUCUACCUUGAACACAAUAGUACUAGUUCGGAAUCAGGACAACGAAGCAACACCGAAAACUUUGUAAUACGUUAAAACGAAAACGGCAAGUAACUUUCGUUACCAUAUUCCUCGAUACUCAAUACUUGAUAGUCCUUAUUUGUUUUAUAUAAAGUGCCAUAGAAAUAUUUACGGUGUUUCUAUUAACCGGGACAGUAUUGGAAAAUUCCAAACGAUAUAGGAGAUAAAGGGAAACUGUCUUAGGAACCAUUAGGUCUUUUUUGAGAUAACAUUUUUGGCAUAGUCAAUUUUGGUCAAGCGUGAGUUGUCAAAAAAAAAAUAACAAUGACUGGGUGGUAGGUAGAUUUUCAAUGCCGAAAAAAUUUACUUAGCGUAACUUUUGCUGUCUCAUUUUUUCUCCCGAUACAUUGAAAUGAUUCUUACAUGAAACUGGGUUGAAUUUUAAAAAUAAAUAGUCAAUUUUAUUUAAUUUUAUGGACCAAAAAAUUAAGUAUAGGUACUUAUGCCAAAACUGUUCAGAUCUAACGUUUCCUAAGACAGUUUCUCUGUAUCUCCUAUGGUUUUGGAUUUUGCUAUAUUGUGUCAGUUAAAAAAAAACGCACUGUAUACGGAGGUAUAAGUCUGUAAAAAUAUUCCUGAAAAAAAAACUGUGUCUGACGAAAAGGCUGGUUUCGUCAGGCACAUCAGCCUUUUCGGCGCCAAGUCAAUGUUUAUGAAACAAUGUUAGUCAAUUGUUUUCAAAUGUAAUUAAUAUUUAUGAAUAAAGAUUAGUAACUAAUAUUAUAAUUGGACAAAGGCCAAAUUACAUACUGUAUCUUAAUGUGUUAUUUAUUGUGAAAUUUAAGUAAAUGUAAAGAAUUAAAAUAAC